UCUACUUAUACUACAGAGCUUAGCAAUUCACUUAUUGAGGCAUCCCUAUCAUCUCAGAUACUAAGUCAAGUACUCUAUAAAAAUGGAUUCCGAAGCGAUUUUGAUGACUUGCGUUUACUAGGAAUUCCUCGUUCAAGAGCAAUAAUUACAAUGCUCUAUCUUGUUGCCCAUCAUGACGCUGGCUUCAUCGAAGUAACAGCCAGGUACUUUUUGGAUUUGAUGAAGUCUCCUCAAAACCCAAUAAACAAAACCAUGCUCGAGAGGACGUCAGCAGCUUAUCUGAUCAUUUAUCUUAUUAAUCAGUUGUUCCUCUCAAAUAAUGAUGUCAUAGAACUUUCAUGGCUCGAGAGAGAGUUCUCUCUAACAGGUCGACGAACAUUUGAUGGCAUCCUCUUCAAGGUUAAAAACAAGUCUAUUGCUCCGGUACUUAUAGAAUUCUCAGGGGGUAUAAAUGACAAGACAUCACCUCGCAAGAAUUAA